CGAGCAUCUCGGCGGUUGCGCUCACAUCAUCAGUCGGCAUGAGAGGGAGGACACGGCUGCUGCGGAGAACCGACUGCGCCGCGAUAAUUACAACCAGAUUUCUACCAAUGUAGUCAACAGCACCGGGAUCCGGGUUGUUUGUUUAAAUUAACACGGGGCAGACAACGUGGCUGGAAAGGGAGUCUGCAAAGACGUCAGACUAUCUAGUGAACUGCCUACAUAGACAGCUUUUUGGACAUCACUCUGCGUUCGUGCGCGCUCCGGGCAGCAUUCAUUUACUGUCGCUGUCCACACACACAUGUACAGUAUGUGUGAACGUGCGGAGAAGUUGAAGAUGCCACUCUGAAUCAUCUGGGCGCUUGGAUCGACGUUUCCAUCGCUGUUCUAGCGCUGACCUCUGAUUGGGCACUUCAGUGCCAAGAACGCUCACCCUGAACAGCUGUUAUCCUGCGAAUAAAGAUAACAAGCCAUUUUCUAUGGAUCCACUGAUCGUCAUCUUCUCAAACCACAAGGCUCGUUCCUACAAGCACAUCUGAGUCCUGCAAGUAGAUCACACCGGGAGUGUUUCCAUCAUGAGACUGGUGUUGAAGUACCUGGACAAGAUGAGGUGUUUCCGGAAACGUUCCACUAUUCCUUUUCUGGUGGCUCUCAUUACCUUCCUGCUCUUCAUAAACCUCUACAUCGAGGAUGGCUAUGUGCUGGAGGAAGACAAACGUCAGUUACGAGAAACCUCAAUGCAGCCUCUGAACUCAGAGCGAUAUGUUCAUACCUUUAAAGAUAUGACCAAUUUUUCUGGAACGAUCAAUGUGACUUAUCGGUACCUCGCUGGAACACCUUUACCUCGAAAGAAGUAUCUCACCAUUGGAUUGUCAUCUGUGAAAAGAAAACGAGGAAACUACCUGCUGGAAACCAUCAAGUCCAUUUUUGACCAAUCAAGCUACGAGGAGCUCAAAGAGAUCGUUGUGGUUGUCCACUUGGCAGACUUUGACCUGGCAUGGUGUGAGAGCCUAGUUCAGGAAAUCUCAAGGAAGUUCGGCCACCAUAUCAUUGCAGGACGGCUGCUAGUUAUCCAUGCACCUGAGGAGUACUACCCGUCCCUGAAUGGGCUGAAGAGAAAUUACAAUGAUCCAGAGGAUAGAGUACGCUUCCGUUCCAAACAGAAUGUAGAUUACGCGUUCCUGCUCAACUUCUGCACCAAUCUGUCAGACUUCUACAUGAUGUUGGAGGAUGAUGUGCGCUGUUCUCGAAACUUCCUCACCGCCCUGAAGAAAGUGGUGGCAUCUAGGGAGGGAUCAUAUUGGGUGAUGUUGGAAUUCUCCAAACUGGGCUACAUAGGGAAGCUGUACCACUCGCGAGACCUUCCUAGACUUGCCCAUUUCCUGCUCAUGUUCUAUCAGGAGAUGCCUUGCGAUUGGCUUCUUAUCCAUUUCCGAGGCCUACUGGCCCAGAAGGAUGCGAUUCGCUUCAAGCCUUCCCUUUUCCAACACAUGGGCUACUAUUCCUCCUAUAAGGGGGCAGAAAAUAAACUUAAGGAUGAUGACUUUGAGGAAGACUCCCUUGAUAUCCCAGACAACCCACCUGCCAGUUUGUAUACAAACAUAAAUGUAUUUGAGAGCUAUGAUGCUGCCAAAGCUUACAGUAGCGUGGAUGAGUACUUUUGGGGCAAGGCUCCGUCCACUGGGGACUUUUAUGUAAUAGUGUUUACCAAGGCAACAAAAAUCAGCAAAAUCAAGAUCAUCACAGGAACGGAUGAUCGGCAGAAUGAUAUUUUGCAUCACGGAGCUUUGGAAGUGGGGGAGAAAUUAGUAGGAACCAAAAAGGGAAGGCAGUGCUCCACCUAUAUAACUUUAGGGGAGUUUAAAAAUGGAAACAUUGAGGUUCAUGAUGUGGACCACAAGAUAGCAUUUGAUAUUGAGUGUGUUCGCAUUGUGGUAACGGCAAGUCAGAAAGAAUGGCUUAUCGUUAGAAGCAUAAGCCUCUGGACUACACAAGGUGCCAGUCAAUGAGAACUUUUUUGAACCGUAGCUAAAGGCACAAGUAUCUGUUUAUUUAUCUAUUUAUUUAUUUAUGCAAUUUCUAAAUUAU